AAGGGGAAAGCAGAAAGCAUGCCGCUCACCGUCUCAGGCUUCCCCGCCGUCACCACCACCAAAGCUGCUCAUCUCUUCCUUUAUCCUCACCGGCGGUACAACCACCGCGCCCAGCCGAAUCGUGUGUUCUUGUCUUGCGUUGCGUAUCGGCUUUCCUCCAACGGGCUCCGUUCGAUUAAGGCCAUGGCCGAUGUGGAGACCCAGACGGCGGCCUCUCCUAUUUUCUCAACUGGUGGCAAGCAAGCAUUGAUAUCAUUGUCGGAUAAGCAGGAUCUAGCUUUCCUCGCAAACGGUCUUCAAGGCUUAGGGUAUUCUAUUAUUUCAACUGGUGGAACAGCAUCUGCUUUGGAAGAGGCUGGGGUCUCUGUAACUAAAGUUGAAGAAAUUACUCAUUUCCCAGAAAUGCUAGAUGGUAGGGUGAAAACUUUGCAUCCCAAUGUACAUGGUGGUAUUCUUGCUCGGAGAGAUCAUGGCCAUCACAUGGAAGCCUUGAACAAGCAUGGAAUUGGAACAUUUGAUAUAGUGGUGGUCAACUUGUAUCCUUUUUAUGAAAAAGUUACUUCAGCUAGUGGAAUUACAUUCGAGGAUGGAGUUGAGAAUAUUGACAUUGGUGGCCCUACCUUGAUCCGAGCUGCUGCUAAGAAUCACAAGGAUGUUUUGGUUGUGGUUGACCAUAAAGACUAUCCUGCACUCUUGGAAUUUCUGCAAGGAAAGAAAGAUGAUCAACAGUUCCGCAGAAAGCUGGCCUGGAAGGCUUUUCAGCAUGUCGCUUCUUAUGAUUCAGCAGUUUCUGAGUGGUUAUGGAAACAAUCAGAAGGAGGGAAUAAAUUUCCUCCCAGCUUUACAGUACCACUGUCACUGAAAUCUACACUUCGCUAUGGUGAAAAUCCUCAUCAAAAGGCUGCAUUCUACGAAGACAAAAGUCUUUCUUUGGUGAAUGCUGGUGGUAUUGCAACUGCUAUACAACACCAUGGCAAGGAAAUGUCUUACAAUAAUUACUUAGAUGCGGAUGCUGCCUGGAACUGUGUGUCAGAGUUCAAGAGCCCUACUUGCGUGAUUGUGAAGCAUACAAAUCCUUGUGGAGUUGCGUCACGGCAAGAUAUCCUUGAGGCAUAUAGAUUAGCUGUUAAAGCAGAUCCUGUUAGUGCAUUUGGUGGAAUAGUUGCCUUUAAUACAACGGUGGAUGAGGAUCUUGCAAAGGAAAUCCGUGAAUUUAGGAGUCCAACAGAUGGUGAAACACGGAUGUUUUAUGAAAUUGUGGUUGCACCUAGAUAUACAGAAAAAGGUCUGGAGGUUCUCCGUGGCAAAUCAAAAACAUUGAGGAUACUGGAGGCAAAAAAGAGUGAGAAAGGAAUGCUCUCACUCAGACAGGUUGGUGGCGGGUGGUUAGCUCAAGAUUCUGAUGAUUUAACUCCUGAAGAUAUCAAAUUUAAUAUAGUGUCUGAAAGGGUUCCACAAGAGGAUGAGGUUAAUGAUGCAGAGUUUGCAUGGCUUUGUGUUAAGCAUGUGAAGAGCAAUGCCAUUGUAAUAGCCAAGAAUAACUGUAUGUUGGGAAUGGGAAGUGGGCAGCCAAAUAGGCGGGAGAGCUUAAGAAUUGCUUUCAGGAAAGCAGGAGAGGAGGCGAAGGGAGCUGCUUUGGCAAGUGAUGCCUUUUUCCCUUUUGCUUGGAAUGAUGCAGUUGAAGAAGCAUGCCAGAAUGGCAUUGCAGUUAUUGCAGAACCAGGAGGGAGUAUUAGGGAUCAGGAUGCUGUGGACUGCUGUAAUAAGUAUGGUGUUUCUCUUCUUUUCACAAAUGUGAGGCACUUCAGGCACUGAAGGUGAAAUAAUCUGAACCCUGCUGUGCAAAAGAAUGCCUUGAAGCUUGGAAUGAUGCAGUUGAAGAAGCAUGCCAGAAUGGCAUUGCAGUUAUUGCAGAACCAGGAGGGAGUAUUAGGGAUCAGGAUGCUGUGGACUGCUGUAAUAAGUAUGGUGUUUCUCUUCUUUUCACAAAUGUGAGGCACUUCAGGCACUGAAGGUGAUAUAAUCUGAACCCUACUGCGCAAAAGAAUGCCUUGAAGGUACAAAUAAGGUUUUGUUAAGAUUAAGUGCACAAGCCAAGGCUUUUGGGAAUAACCUAGAUUUUUGGUUAAGUUGAAUCGAAACUGGAGAUUCUAAUCCAGUACUGCUGAAACUAAUUAAAUUUUGUAGGGUCUUAAAUAUCUUUAGGACGCUUUUCUUUUUCAUAUCUAAGUUAUCGAUCACAAAUGUUUUGAGUAUGAAAAUUUGGUGCGUGAGUCACUUUUGGGA